GCGCUGGACUGGGGCUGGGGUGGGGAGGACCCUUCAGGGCUCUUAAAGGGCCAGGAGGAGGGAAGGCGGCUGCUGCAGCUACAAGAUGAGUGAAUCCCUAGUGGUUUGCGAUGUUGCUGAAGACCUUGUAGAGAAGCUGAGAAAGUUUCGUUUUCGCAAAGACACGAACAAUGCAGCCAUUAUCAUGAAGAUUGACAAAGAGAAACAGCUGGUGGUUCUGGAUGAAGAACAUGAGGGCAUUUCUCCAGAUGAACUAAAAGAUGAACUUCCAGAAAGACAACCUCGAUUCAUUGUUUAUAGCUACAAGUACCAACAUGAUGAUGGGCGAGUCUCUUACCCACUCUGCUUUAUCUUCUCAAGUCCAGUUGGGUGUAAGCCUGAGCAACAGAUGAUGUAUGCUGGCAGCAAAAAUAAGUUAGUACAAACAGCAGAACUCACAAAGGUAUUUGAAAUCAGGAAUACAGAAGAUCUCACUGAGGAAUGGCUUCAGGAGAAGCUUGGCUACUUCCACUAAAAGGAGGAUUAAGCAUUCCAUCCGGUUCAAACUGGAACCAGACACGACUCCUGCUUUCUAAACCUACUAAGAACGCACUGUACUUACAGUUGCUUCCUGCCAUGUUUGUAUGUAUGUACAUAUAUAUGUAUAUAUUUGUCUGUGCAAAAUUUAUAUACAUGAGGGGAAGAAGCAUCUCCUACUUAACCAAACUUUGCCCAGGAUUAUUCCUUCUAAUUGUUUAAAAAGGAACAAUUCUCUUCCUGCAGGGAUAAUUUUUUUUUUUUGGCACUCACAUGAUUAAUAUUUCUAUCUGGUCUGAUUCAGAACUGGUCAUUGUUUACAGCUCUGGGGCAGAGUCUCCAAAGGGACACAUAGUGCACUAGUUCUUGCUUGUAUUAAUAGGCUGUGUUAGGGGCGUACUCGGUCAAGUGGUUGGAAAACUCUCAGAUUUUUUCCCCCUCUUCAGCUACAAGUGCAUCUUGUUGUAGUAGACAUUAAUCAUCAAUAACUGGGCAUAAUAGUAUGUGGAAAUAACACUGAAUCCAGUGGCAUAAAAACUUUUGAAUUGGGCCCAACAUAUUGUAGGACAGGUACUUACACUGUAGUAUGGUUCCUAACUUCUCCAGAGGGGAGUUCUCUCUUAAGAAAAAAUCCAAUUAUUUUGAAUCUUGUAUUUCUGCUUUGGGUCAAAGGUUUGACACUAUUUUUGUGUGUGUAGAAGACAGCAUUUUUACUAAUCAAAUAGAAAGUAGAUUUAAAGCAACCUCUAAGGGCUUGGUAACAUACUGUAGUGGACUUCCAUUCCAAAAGUCUUUAUAUGUAGAUCUAUUAAUAUAAAAGUCUUGACUUUUCUGGGCUUUUUAUGCAAGCACUUCUCAAUCUGUGUGCCUUUUAAGAAAAAAAAUCACAAAUGAUUGUAAGAAAGUCUUACACUGCCAGUUUUUUUAAAUAUUAAAUUUGAUACAGGUUAACUUUGUCUAAAAGAAUCUUCCUGCCAGCAUCUAGCAGCUUAAUCUCUCUUUCCAUUAACUUCAGCUGCAGGUGCAUACCCUCUGAUUUACAGUGCUAUGAUUUAAGGCAAAAUGCCUGGCUAAAAAAUAAAAUUACAAGUCAAUACAUAUUCUCAAGUUAAUCAGCGUCCACCACAACCCUGCAUUCUGCAUCUUAAUAGAUAGGGCUGUGUGUGCCUUGAUUCCCAUGGGUGCAGGGCAGGAAAAACGUAAUAUAUAGGAUGCAGAAUUUGGCUUCCUUGACUACCUUGGUUUCCUUUUUGUAUUUUAAAAAUAUGUAGGCAAUGCCUUCUCAGAAGCCAGAGGAAUACCCACUGCAAUGCAUAGGGGAGAGUAGAGCCUUGGUGUCAUGCUUAGCACCAUGUGCUUCUCCUUAACUAGAUCUUGACAACAACAUAUGCAGAUCACAGAAUCCCACCUUCCUUGAUCAUCGGCUUGAAUUACCUAGCUGCAAAACCUGACUCUCCCUUUGAUGGAGGGUAUGCAUGAUCUUGCCUAUAAACUGGCAAUAUAGGCUUUAGAGAUAGAUGGGGUGGGGGCUUUCCUAUCUACUGUGGUUAUGGUUUAUCUAGGAACAAGAUUCCCAAGAGUUGGGAUGGCCAAAUGCGAAUUUUAGACAGUGAUCUGACAAAGGAGCAGAAAUAUACGUUGUUCCCUAACGUGAUAGCUAGUUGAUCAAAUUUUAUAUAAGUUUUCCUCAGCAUGUUGCGCUGUACAUGUAUUAUAACUGCAACAUUCCAAAAUCUCAACACAUCCUAGGUCAUCUAGUUGGGCAAAAUUACAGAUUCUGUAUACUGAAUCUGAUGCCAAUUGGCAGCAAUGGGAUCAUAACUCCGGUAACGUGAAUUCUGGGUGUUUGUGGGGUUUUCUUUCAUCUUGUAAAAUUAAAAUGUGAACUUUCUUGGAAGCUUAGAAGUAAUAGUUGGUAGGACCAAUGAGAUAAAAUUGUAGUGCUAACAAGCUUUAGGAUAGGGAUUGCAAGUAGCCAGCUUUUAUGUUGAGGGGAGGAAAUAUCUUCUAGGGCAGACAUCUCCAACUAUGCAUCCUUCACAUGUCUUUGGGUGAGAAUACUCAAUACUCAGCAUUACAGAAGUGAUGAAGAUUGUAGUCUACCACAUUUGGAGAGUACAGAUUGGGGAAGGCUGUUCUCUGGAAAAAAUUGGUAGCUGGAUAUUGUUCGUGAACUGUAAGCUGUUUUUCUCAUGGCCAGGACGAAGGAAGAGGCAGUAGCCUUUCCAUCUUUGUAGACCGAUUCUUGUCCACUUUAGCAAUAUACAAAACCAUGCACUGAUUGGGUUGUGCCUUUUGGGUGUAUGUGCAUGUUGCCUAAUUCUGCAAGCUGUUUACUUGCAUAGCAACAGAUAGAAUUGGGCUGUUCAUAUUUAAAGAAGGUAGUUGAUACUGAUAGCAAAAACUGAGCCCUCUUAAAAUACCAUGUUGAGGCAAACCUUUAUUAAAUGACAGAGAGAGAUAUUGUUAGCUAUCUUUUUUUUCUUUCUUCAGUGGCCGUCUUCUGUCUUUGUUAGUAGGAAAAUAUAAUCUGUCUUGGGCAUUUGUUUUUGUUUUAUAUAAUUUUAAGCAUAUACACUCCCCAUUCUCUUUGUGGCGUGGGAGAACCAUCAUGAUAAAUAUACUUUGAAAAAUUACAUGAAUAGCACAGGAUUCUUUUUGUUAGAGAUUAACCCUGCAAAAAAGUUUGCAAAAAGGCACACUCUAAUGGUAUUUCAGGUUUACUACUUGAUAGGAUUUAUUAAAGAGAUGUUCUGAAGCCACUCUGAGCUUCUUGGAGGAAGAAUAUUUUCUCUGCAUUUACUCUAUAAACAGCCAUUUCUAUGCAAGACUUUAACUGAAGUUCUAGUUUCUUGGGAGUUUGUGAAAGUGGCUAUAAAUAUCUAAAAUAAAUCUUGUACUCUGAGAAAGUAAAAACCCAGAUUUCAUAGGGCGAAUGCUGUAUUGGAAGAAUGAAUUUUAUACAGAUAACCCUUCUCAAGAACCACGUCUGUUAAUCCUGAGCAUCUUGCAAGGGAUCGGUUGCACUCUGGUUUAAUUGUUCCAUCUUGGGUAGCAUUCCAAUGAACUUGAGCUGUGUUAGCCCUAGAAUAUUAAAAUAGUACAGAUGCAGAGGUAGUUUUACAUGGAUUUUGGGAUCAGAUUUAUUCUUUGACUGAAGAAGGAUAUACAUAGACAUCCUUUUUCAUGUACCAAAUAUGUCUGAAGAUUCUUUUGUGCUUAUCUGCCUUCUCAACCACUCCUUUGUUAGUUUUUUUAAGCAGUGUUUUUCCUAGGAAUUUUUUUCCUUAGGACAUUUUUUCUUAGGAAAAGAUGUAUCCAAGUGACUGACCCUGUGCAGCCCCUCAUCUAAGGUGAGAAUCCCUGGAUGCUUUUAAUUUGGUGGUUUUUCCACCCCCUUUUACUAGAGCAGAGAGACUCAAUCAGCUCAAGAAAUGUACCCAGCUUUUUGUAAGACAUACUCCAGAGGUUGGUGGAGUUAGGUUCUGUUUUGGAUAGGUGUUGUCAGAGUUUUAAGAGGUAAACUGAGUACCUUAAGCACAUGCAAAGUGUAAAUCACCCAUUUUGCCACUUAAAAUCCUCCAGAAAGCAGAAAGGGGGGCAGGCUACUCAGUCUUGAAGGGCUCUGAGGGACAUAAAAGGAAUGCUGGUGUGUUGCAUGCUGCUCCUGGACCAUUCUUGUGCCCCUCUGAUGUAGGGUAAAAUGGAGGCUGAAGACAGUCUGGAAAAUGAAUAAUCCUGUCAGAAGCAUUUAUAAAUUGAAAAGUAUUGUUAAUAUCCAUGCAAUUGUCUGAAAAGUUUGGCAAGAAAGGACAUGUGGCUGAGAACUCCUUGGAAUUACGUUUUGGUCAAAGUCAAUGAAAGAAAUUGCAGGCUUGAUCUUAGGUUUAGAGAUUGAGACUAAGCUUCACAGUUGUGGAUGUUCUCUCUUCUUUUCUAAGCAAUUAUUUCUCCCCACCCUGUCCCGAUCUUUCUUUCUUUGAUGUCUUUUGGGGGGUAUAAUGUGAACCGUAGUUAUUUGUAACUGGAACUCUUUUUGCAGUCUGGAAACCUUGGCAUCUUGAGCUAAGGGGAGGGGUUUUUUUUCUUGCUCCUCCCUUUCCCCUCUAUUUGGAUCUUGAAGGAGCAACAAAUGAAGAAUUCUCACCAAAAUAUGUAGCUGUAACAAUUCUUUGAAGUACUAACUUGUUUAAAUCAAAUCUUCUUAUGGAUGGUUUAAUAAGCAAGUUGAACCUACUUGUAAUAAGUAAUAAUACAAUGGGAUGCUAAACUUUUAGAAAUGGUUCCAUUUCCUGUCUGUUUCUAAUAGUACUUCUCUUUCAUCUCUUUUAGAUGAGAGUUGUCAGUAUUUCAAAUCGGGACCAAAUACUGGGGAUCUGGCAUGAUUCUAAAUAUCGUAGCCUUAAAGCCUGGUUUUGAAAUCUUUUUCUCCUUAAGCCUUUUCACAUAUUACAAAUACAUAAUACAGGCUUGCUGUAGCAUAUAAACAGGAAGAUCCAAGCAAACUGGAAGAAUCACAUGAUUAUGUGAUUAAUAUUCACAUGUUACAAUUGUAUGAAUGAACUGUAUUAAUUUAUUCCCUUUUUCUGUACAAGCUUGUUAGAACUUAAGAAAUCACAUCUUUACGCUUAAUUGAUAGUGCAGUAUUCACUGGAUAAAAUGUGAAACUGGCAUUUGUGAACUUUUCCUGCUUUCUCUUAAUCAAUAUUGAUCAGCCUUGGUGAAAACGUGUGUGAUUUAAUUUAUACUUCUCUACUGUGACCCCUUCCAGAUGUGUUGAGUGGUACCAGUUGAUCUGAGUGAAUAGACAUGGCUUGUUAUGUAUAUGGAAGAAUGAAUUUUCUAGCUGGUGGAAGGUUAUGUUCUUGUGUGUAACAUGUGAAAAGGCUUUCAUAAGAGCACGCAGGGUUUAAAAAAAUGAGAAUCAGUCUACUAAUAAAACUGGGUAGAUUCCUAAAGUACUGGUAGUUGUGCACCAGCUUCGAUGUUUGUAUUGAAAUCAGAUGCAUCAGUGCUGUAUGAAACACCUUUUAGGGAAGUUAGCAUCAUUCAAUUUGGUGUGCACAUUGUAAAUGUGCAAAGUUGCAAAGCUAUUGAGAAAGGAUAGCUGAAGCAUGGAGGAUAAAGGUAUAACCAAGCCAAUUAAAGCUCUGUUACCAUCUCCUCCAGUUGCACCUGAAGAGCGUGUACUGUAGUAUCUAUAGUUUAGACUUUGCUUGGGCCAAAUCUUCCUUUUGGGCCUUUGGCAUAGAAUUCUUCCUUGAUAGUACUGGACCAUCAACUGGCUCAAUAUCUGGUAGAAUAACCUACCCCAGUAGGCAUCCUCCAGAUGUAUCCAGACCAUAUGUCCCUGAAUUUCCAACCAGUAUACAUGUGGAGGGUGCCAGGUUGGAGAAGGUUGAUGUACCCCAGUUCCUGGAAUAUCAGUCUCUCUUAGCCAACCUGAAAAAGGCUGCAGAUUAAACCCAGGACCACUCUCAUUUCACUGCAGCUCAAUUCCCUUCCCCAAAUCUGCAAAUUGUUGAUGAGAAUAUUGGCCUCUUUAUAAGAAUAUAUGAUCAAGUAUUGACUUAAUAUAAUUAAACAUUUCUAAUACCAAAAAUGUAUUCUGUAUAAGACAACAGUAACAGUGUAUUAUCAAAAGGAAAAUGCUUUUGUGCAAAGAAGGCAUCUGAACCUUGAGCGACAACUACAGUAUGUGCUUUUAUUGUUCAGUGUGCUGACUGACUGAAGUUCUGACAGUUCUGUGAAACUAUCCAGCUUGACAGGUGUUGCAAUGUCUGUUUUUUUUAAUGCUCUGCUUAAUUGAUUUUGCAUGUUUUUUUAAACCAUUUUUUCCUUUUUGUUUGGCAAAGCAUGGAGCUUGUAUUGGUAUAAAUGAUCAUACAAUGUUAAUAAAACCUGUCAGACUUC